AUGACUGAACGCGUCAAAGGAGAUGUUCAAUACGCCAGUGGAGCAGCUAAAGAAGCAGCUGGUGCAGCGAUCGGAAAUGAACAACUGAAAGCUGAAGGUACUGCUGCUAAAGUCGAAGGCACUGCUCGUGUUGAGGCUGCGAAAGCGGGCGGUCGUGCUGGAGGUACAGGUACUGAGCUUAAAGGCACCGUCAAAGAGGCCGGUGGUAAUAUUCUCGAUAACCAACAAAUGAAAGCCGAAGGGAAAACUGAUAAGGCUACAGGCCAAGGCAAGUGCAUACUGUGUUUAAUAUACGUUUGUCAUUAUUUACUUUCUUUGUAA